CACAGAGACUGACAGGGGGCUUGAACUCACAGGGGGCUUGAACUCACAUGCCAUGAGAUCAUGACCUGAGCCGAAGUCAGAUGCCCAGCGGACUGAGCCACCGAGGGACCCUGACACUUUCUGUAUUUAAUAAGAGUUAUAAUUCAAUUGGUCUGUAAGCCCAAGUCCAAAAGUCCUUGCCCCAUGGCAAGAGGCCGCACAGGAGCUGGUUGACCAGUAAGACUAAGACCAGACAAAAGGAAAACACACUCGCCAGGGUUGUAGACAAUGACCUUCCAGCAACAGAGACAAGCCCAGCGGGAUGGCCAUACACAAGAGGGCCUGUGGAGACCUCAAGCUACGCCAUCCUCCUGCUUCUAAAGGAGAUAAAUCUCUCUCUGUCUACCCGAUUACUUGCCAUUACACUUAACAGGCAGGUCUCUUUUACUUUAUAUUUAUUUCUUUUUAAGAUUACCAAAGACUUCGACUUACAAUUGGAGCUGUAAGAAGCCUCUGGGGGUGGAUGGGUACAGAGCAAGCACUGUCCUGUAGGAUCUUAGAGAGAACUCGGGCCGGGGAGGAGCAGUGCAGCACCCCUGAGGUAGCUGAGACAGCGGAGGAGAGAGCCCUCACGCUCCAGCAAGGACAAGGCUUCUCAUCUCUGAGUGGCCCCAGCACUGUGACAGGCACUGAGGGGGGAUCCCUGAGCGUGCAGUGCCGGUAUGAGGAGAAAUACAAGGCAUUUACCAAAUACUGGUGCCGACAACCAUGCUUGCUACUCUGGAACCAGAUGGUGGAGACCAGAGGGUCUGAGGGAGAGGUGCGGAGUGGCCGUGUGUCCAUCGUGGACCAUUCUGCAGACCUCACCUUCACAGUGACCUUGGAGAACCUCACUACAGAUGAUGCAGGGAAAUACAGAUGUGGGAUCGCGACAAUCCUGCGGGAAGAAGGACUCAAUGGCUUCCUGCCUGACCUCUUUUUCCAGGUUCAAGUGUUUGUUUCCCCCAGGUCCCUGCCUGGCCGCGUCCACUUCCUGCUCCUCAUAUUCCUGAAGGUGCCCCUGCUUCUGAUUAUGCUCAGUGCCGUCCUCUGGGUGAACAGGCCUCAGUGGGCAAUUUGUGGGAAACACAGUCAGCCUGAUGACGACGGCCUACAGCCCUCCUUGCCCAUCGAUAUCCUGUCCAGAGACAUCACUGUUCAGACUAGAGAAGGAGGAACUUCUGCCCCCAAACUUUAUUUCUCUUCUCACUUUAUUGCCAAAAACUUGUAAACAAAACAAAACAAAACAAAACAAAACAAAACAAAACACCUUGAAAACAUGUAAUGAAAUAUAUCACACAUACAAAAAUGUGUGUAUAAUGUAGAUGUGCCUGGUGAUUGGCUGGGCAGCACGCGGGAAACAUUCCACAGGACCCCUAACUUGCCAGCAGAAAUUGGUGCCAGGCACAGACUAGUUGGUCAAGGGAUCCCAAAGCGAGGGCCCGCUUUUGGGUGACCUCCCCCUGCUGAGAACCCUCAAGGCAGCCUCUCAACUCAACAUUCCUUCCUUUCUUCACUCGCUCACCAAAUAUUCACCAAGAGCCUAUAUAGCGAAGACUUAUUUCUAGAUUAUGGGGAUAGAGCAAUCAACAAAACACGAGCUUUGUGUUCUCACAGUUGGUUUCAGAAAAUAAAGAAAUAAAUAAUA